AUGGCAAACUACAAGAGGCUGAUACACUGGCAGCCUUGGCUAGGGCUCAGGCUAUGGAAGUUCAUAAAAGACCUUGUAACCAAGAAAUGGAAGGCUAUCCAUGAGCCGGAGGAUAAUCUUCUCUAUUGUGGUGCUAUCUUUACAAGGUCUUUAGUGCAGAAAAAGGCAUAUCCGAGAGCGUUUAACAUCCCAUGUACUAUUGGCCCCCUGAUGUUCACAAAAGAACUAUGCGAUCUGGGAUCCAUUGUAAAUUUAAUGCCACUGGCUGUGUACAAGAAAUUAGGUUUGGGGGAUCCUACCCCAACAAAUAUGUGGUUGGUAAUGGCAGAUAGAUCUGUGAAGUGGCCUGUAGGCAUACUGCAGGAUGUUUUGGUAAAGGUAGCUAAUUUUGUUCUGCCUGCUGAUUUUGUGGUCCUAGAUUGUGAAGUGGAUUUUGAAGUGCCCAUCAUUUUGGGAAGGCCAUUACUUACAACUGGGAGAGUGAUAGUAGAAAUAGAAUUGAACGAGCUAAAGUUUAGGUUCAAUGACAAAGAAGCACACUUCUAA